CACUCUCUAAAACCGCCACUAAAAAAAUUCAUAGCUCUCUCUCUCGCCGUCCAGACAUAGACAGUCGAUCAUCAUCUCACUUUCUCUCUCUAGAAACCAAGGUAAACCCUUGGGGGCUUAAACCACAGAAACCAGAAGGCAAAAGCAAAUGGAAGAGAGCAGCAACAGCGUGGCUACCAACGUCGCCCAAGCCAUUGCCGUAGCUCUCGACUGGAGCUCCACUCCCGACGCCCGCAAAGCAGCCGUUGCAUUCCUCGAAUCGAUUAAAAACGGAGAUGUGCGGAUUUUGGCAAACACUGCGUUUCUUCUGGUGAAGAAGGAUUGGUCCUCCGAAAUUCGGUUGCAUGCAUUUAAAAUGUUACAGCAUUUGGUGCGAUUGCGGUGGGAAGAACUAAGCUCUACAGAGCGUAGAAACUUUGCAAAUAUCACUGUUGGUUUAAUGUCUGAUAUUGCAAGUCCUAGUGAGGAGUGGGCAUUAAAAAGUCAGACAGCAGCCCUUGUUGCCGAGAUGGUUAGAAGGGAAGGACUAAAUCUAUGGCAAGAACUGUUUCCAACUCUGGUUUCAUUAUCCUACAAGGGUCCUAUUCAAGCCGAGUUAGUCUCCAUGACGCUAAGGUGGCUUCCUGAAGAUAUUACUGUUCACAAUGAAGAUUUGGAAGGAGAUCGAAGAAGGCUAUUGCUGCGGGGGCUGACCCAAUCUUUACCUGAAAUUUUGCCUUUAUUAUACACCUUACUAGAGAGGCACUUCGGAGCUGCGUUGAGUGAGGCAGGUAAACAACAAUUCGACCUUGCAAAGCAACAUGCAGCAACAGUAACAGCUACUUUGAAUGCUGUGGAUGCAUACUCUGAAUGGGCUCCAUUGCCUGAUCUUGCUAAAUCUGGUAUAAUUCAUGGGUGUGGUUUCUUACUUUCUUCGCCUGACUUUCGUCUUCAUGCUUGUGAGUUUUUCAAAUUUGUUUCCCAAAGGAAGAGACCUAUUGAUGAUACCUCUGUUCCUGAAUUUGAUUCUGCAAUGAGUAAUAUCUUUCAAAUAUUGAUGAAUGUCUCCAAAGAAUUUUUGUACAGAUCUAGCCCCGGUGCUGGGCUUAUUGAUGAAAGCAAUAUUGAGUUUGCGGAAUACAUAUGUGAAAGUAUGGUGUCUUUGGGUUCCAGAAACUUGCAAUGUAUUGGUGGUGAUAGCGCUGUGCUACCUCUUUAUUUACAACAGAUGCUGGGGUUUUUCCAACAUUUUAAGCUAGCUCUUCAUUUUCAAUCUCUGAACUUUUGGCUGGCUCUAAUGAGAGACUUGAUGUCAAAGACAAAGGCUGUUGCUCACUCAGCUGGAGAUGGUUCUGAUCCAGUCGAUAUUGAAAAGAAAAAAAUCUUAAGUUUUUUGAAUGAUGAUAUAUGUAGUGCAAUUCUGGAUGUAUCUUUCCAACACAUGCUCAAGAGAGAAAAGGUAAUUCACGGGACAGCAUUUUCUUUAGGGCAAUUGGAAUUAUGGAGUGAUGAUGUUGAGGACAAGGGGACUUUUGGCCAGUAUCGUUCAAAGUUGUUAGAACUGAUCAAGCUGGUUGCUUUAUACAAGCCUCUUAUAGCUGGUUCUAAAGUUUCUGAAAGAAUUGAUACAAUCAUCAAAACCCUCUUGCUUUCCCCAAUGCCUGCUCAGGACUUAGUUGUGAUGGAAAGCAUGCAGUUGGCUUUAGAAAAUGUUGUAAGCGCUAUUUUCGAUGGAUCAAAUGAAAUUCCUGGGGGUCAUUUAGAAGUUCAACUUGAACUAUGUAGAAUGUUUGAAGGUUUGCUUCAGCAGCUUCUUUCUUUGAAGUGGACUGAGCCAGCCCUUGUGGAAGUACUUGGGCACUACUUGGAUGCAAUGGGUUCAUUUUUGAAGUAUCUUCCAGAUGCAGUGGGCAGUGUCAUUAAUAAAUUAUUUGAGCUCCUAAACUCGCUUCCUUUUGUUGUUAAGCAGGAUCCAUCUACAAGUAGUGCACGGUAUGCAAGGUUGCAGAUUUGUACAUCGUUUAUUCGUAUAGCCAAAACUGCUGACACAAGUGUUCUGCCUCACAUGAAGGCUAUAGCCGACACCAUGGCUUAUAUGAAAAGAGAAGGUUCUUUACUUCGUGGUGAACACAAUCUUCUAGGUGAAGCAUUUCUUGUCAUGGCUUCUGCUGCUGGAAUUCAGCAGCAACAAGAAGUUCUGGCCUGGUUACUAGAACCUUUAAGCCAGCAAUGGACACAAAUUGCGUGGCAAAAUAAUUAUCUAUCUGAACCACUUGGUCUUGUUCGCUUGUGCUCGGAGACCCCAGUUAUGUGGUCAGUUUUCCACACUAUCACAUUCUUUGAGAAGGCACUUAAGAGAAGUGGAACCAGAAAAUCCCAGUCAAAUCUACAAAGCAACUCAACAGAAAGUUCUAUGCCCUUCCACCCUAUGGCUUCUCAUCUAUCAUGGAUGCUGCCACCUCUUCCAAAUUUAUUUCGUGCCUUACAUUCCCUUUGGUCUCCAACUGUAUACCAAAUACUACCUGGGGAGAUUAAAGCUGCAAUGACCAUGAGUGAUGUUGAGCAAUUCAGUCUUCUUGGUGAAGACCCUAAAUUGCCAAAGGGUAACAUAGCCCUUACCAAUGGAUCCCAUAUUAGUGCAAGUAAGGAAGGAUAUGUGGAGCCAAAUGAAUCAGACAUACGAAAUUGGUUGAAAGGUAUCAGAGACAGUGGGUACAAUGUAUUGGGCCUGGCAACCACUGUUGGGGACUCAUUUUACAAAUGUUUGGAUAGUCAAUCUGUUGCUCUAGCUCUAGUGGAGAAUAUACAUUCAAUGGAAUUCAGGCAUAUCCGGCUGCUUGUUCAUUCAGUUUUGAUUCCUUUGGUUAAAUUUUGUCCUGUGGAUUUGUGGGAGGCAUGGUUCGAAAAGCUCUUGCUCCCAUUAUUCCAACACUCCCAACAGGCUCUUAGUUGCUCCUGGUCCAGUCUUCUACAUGAAGGGAGAGCAAAGGUCCCAGAUGCCCAUGCCAUACUUGCUGGGUCGGACUUAAAAGUGGAAGUAAUGGAAGAAAAGCUACUUAGGGAUCUAACUCGGGAGAUUUGUUCACUCCUCUCUGUUAUAGCUUCGCCACAGCUAAAUGCUGGGCUUCCUUCCUUGGAGCACUCUGGGCAUGUUCAUCGUGUUGACGUAUCUUCGCUCAAAGAUUUGGAUGCAUUUGCAUCAAGCUCCAUGGUCGGUUUCCUUUUGAAGCUUAAAGGUCUUGCCCUUCCAGUGCUGCAGAUAUGUUUAGAAGCUUUUACAUGGACGGAUGGUGAAGCUAUGACAAAAGUUUCUUCCUUUUGUUCUGCUUUGAUUGGUUUAGCAGUGUCGACAAAUAGUAUGGAGCUCCUACAAUUUGUUUCUAAGGAUCUCUUUUCUGCAAUUAUCCAAGGUUUAGCCCUUGAGUCAAAUGCUUUCAUCAGUGCUGAUUUGAUUGGUCACUGUCGUGAUAUAUACAUACAUCUUUGUGAUAGAGAUCCAACUCCUAGGCAGAUUCUGCUCUCGCUGCCUUGUAUCAAACAGCAUGAUUCUCAAGCUUUAUAUAUGGUGAGAUAACAAUGUAAGAAGUGUGGAAAAUCAUUUCAGAAAAUAACAAACUCUCAUUUCUCUUUCUCUCUCUAAGCUUUCGAGCCUUUAUUGCUUCCAGUGAUUUCUUCAUUUGUGAUUUCUUUAGUUAUGUUAUGAGGGUAUCACUCGUCCAGGUUUGAUCCUAGGACUGCUUUCCGUUGUGCUUCAUGCAAGGAUUUCUGGGUGCAUUCAUCUCAUGCGUUCAAGAUUUUAGUGUUUUUCGAAAUUCAAGGUUGCAGAUUUUCUCAGAUUCAUUAGUUCUUGUUUUCUAGUUUUUAAGUCUAUCAGAUGUUCGAUUAAAUGUCUAAGUGAGAAGAUUUCUGGGUUUCGCAUAUAUUUCCUUGAUGAAUUAAAGGCCGAUGCCAUAUGUGAGUAGUAAAGAUUGAAAGUGUUACAGACUGAAAGAAUAUAAGGCCAAAGCAGUUAAAGACUGAAAGAAUAUAAGGCCAAAGCCAUUUUUUCUGUAUCAAAGAUUGAAGAUUUGUUGAUUUUCUACACUUCAAAGGCUGAAGCCGAAGUUGCAAGGAACAUUCAAAAGUUUUCUGUAGUUUUUCUGGGUUUUUCUGCAUUUCAUAAGGCCGAAGUCAAAGCCGAAGUAUAGUGUUAUUCAAAAGUUUGUUUGAAGGAAUUUUCUGGGAAUUUCUUGUGCUUGGUUUGUAAAACACUUUCUUGGUGUUCAACAAUAUCUGAGUCGGUGAAGAUUGAAGGAUUAUUGGGUAUGCUUACGGUGAAACUCCAAGAUGACAAUUUUGUUAAGUGGAGUUAUCAAUUCCAAUCGGUGCUAAGGGAAUAUGAUCUGUUUGAUUACCUUACAAGGGAAUCACCUCGUCCUCCAAGGUUUGUAAGGUUUGUAAUCGAUACAUAAAUUGGUGUUACAAAAGAAGUCACAACAGCAUAUAAGAAUUGUGUAAAGAAGGAUUUGGCAUUGCUUAGUUUAUUGAUUGCAACUCCGUCUGAUGAUGCCAUGGAGUAUGCCAUUGGGUGUAAGACUUCCCAAGAAGCAUGUACAUGCCUGCAGGAAAGGUUUGCAUCUAUUUUUGUGGUUCAAAUUAAUCAAUUGAAGACUGAGUUUUAUUCUUUACAAAAGGGUGGAGAAUAUGUUAAGAAGUUUAUGGUAAAAUUGAAGGCUACAAGGGAUUAACUAAUUUCUGCUGGUGAAAAGGUAUUUGAUAAUGACUAUAUGAUUGAUGUGCUAUCAAGACUACCGGUUAAUUUUGAGAUGAUCAAGACAGUGAUUCUUGCUAGAGAAACAACUAUGUCUUUGAUAGAUUUUCGAGCACAACUGAUUGGGGCUGAAAUAAGUAUUGAAUCAAGAAUGCAUUCACUAAGUACAUUCAUGUCUACAAGGGUGGUACAAGGAGAAUGAUCUAGUUCUCAGAGAUUUCAAGGGGAAUAUGAACAUGGAAAAAGUUCUAAUACUCAGAGAAGCCAACAAGAUUAUAAUGGAGAUCAAUUUGGUUUUCAGUGAGGAAAUGGAUAUGUUGACAAUGGAAAUAGGUUUUAUCAACAAAGAGGAAAUUUCUUUGGUAACAAUAGGAGGUUGAAUAAUGGGAAUACAAAUUCAAGACAGUAUUCUGGUAAUGGCAAUUUUGGCAACAGAAAUGGAAAAAUGGAUGGCAACAACAGUGCACAUUUCUCGAGUAAUGGCAAACAGUCUCAAAAUGGCAAUUCUAAUUGUGGAAAUUCAUACUCUGGGAAUAAUAGUUCUUUCUCUGGAAGGCAGUUAUUGGAAUGGUAAUACAAGUUACAAGUCUGCAAUUUCUCCAGAAUGUAAAUAUGUUCAAGAAUGGGCCACACAGCACCUAUUUGUUACUAUAGAACUGAUAAAACUACAUAGUAGAAAAAUAUGGGAAUAAGAGUCCAUCAACCAGCAGAAAUUCCUUUCAAUUCGUCCAUCAUUCGGCACAAAUCCUCUCAAUUCAGGGUAUUUUUGUUUUCCGCCCAUCAGGAAAAAGAAGAGAGUGAGAAAAGUUGACGAAGAAAGAGAAAAUAUUAUUUUAUAUUAAAUUUUA